ACGGAUAUGUUACUAGGUAUUUACUACCUCUCUGUAGCACAGCCCCAGUUUGAUUGGGACCGAAAAGUGGUCAAACACACUUUGCCAGGUGGAGGGGACCGCCAGAUUACAUAAGUUCAAAGCUAGUAGUCUGAUUGAGUCCUCUGGGUGCAUGUGUGCGGUCGCGUUCGACAAUAUUAUUAUAAGCAAAAUCAGGAGGAGCGUAUGUAUUUAGUUUAUGUCUCUGCUGCAGGCGAGCCGGUGAAAAUGCCGCCGGAGAUAGAGGGAGUAGUUGCUAAGUACCCUGAUCUAUUUGAAGAGCCGACAGGGGUUGUUGAGAGGGAGGUCGUCCACGCGAUAGAGAUUAUCCCAGGGUCUAGUAUUCCGAAGGGUAAGAUCUAUCAGAUGUCUCCAGGCGAGCUUGAUGAGCUUCGCCGCCAACUCAAGGAACUCGUAGAGAAGGGUUGGAACCAGCCAAGUGUCUCUCCUUAUGGGUCUCCAGUUCUAUUCGUACCUACGAAGGAGGGGGGUACUCUUAGGAUGUGCAUUGAUUAUAGGGGCCUCAAUGCCAUCACUGUAAAGAAUAGAGAGCCCCUACCGCGCAUCGAUGAUCUGUUAGAUAGAGUGCAAGGGUGUCGGUACUUCAGUAAGAUAGAUCUGAAGUCCGGGUACCAUCAAAUUGCAAUUCGGCCCGAGGAUCAACACAAAACCGCCUUUCAGACCAGGUACGGUCUGUACGAGUUUGUGGUGAUGCCUUUCGGCCUUUGCAAUGCUCCUGGCACCUUUCAGUACGCUAUGAAUCGGAUAUUCCAUGACUACUUGGAUAAGUUCGUCAUCGUGUGCCUCGAUGACAUACUUAUUUUUAGUAAGACCGUCGAGGAGCAUGUUGCACAUUUGGACAAGGUCCUCAGUCUCCUGCGACAGCACAAGUUCAAGAUGAGAAGUGCGAGUUUGGCCGCACCCGUGUCUUGUCCGCUGAUUAUUGAGUUUAAUCUAACGGACCAUGUUACUCAGUCCUUGGUGGAAGCCUAUCACGAGGACCAGUUUAUGUCCGAGAUCAUACGCAGACUCCAGGCAAAGGACAAGAAGACCUCUGCCGAGUUUGAGUUGGUCAAUGGCUUGCUGUUCCUUGAGAAGGACGGGAAUAAACGAUUGUGUCUCCCAAGUAGCGAGUCUUUGCGUAGUUUGUUUUUAGGUGAGUGCCAUGAUGCCACCGGCCAUUUUGGGUACAAGAAGACCGCAGCCAAUCCGCUGCAGCGGUUCUGGUGGCCCACGAUGAUGCGAGACUCCCAGCUGUACGUGGAGACUUCUCAGGACACCGGGGCACUGCCACGACGCAGUGCCAGAAUCGCAGUUCGUGCCCGCCCUGCAGUACCUCCAAGACAGAAGAAACUCAGCAGACGGACGACUCCAGCAGCAUCAAGUACGGCAUUGAUGGUACAAGACGCCACCGGAGAUCAUCCCGCGUACCCAGUCCGAGGAGCCAACGAGCCAGCGGCUGAUUAUCGUGGGCGGCUACUUGCAUUUUCAGAAGCCGUAGCUGCCGUCGAGGCCCGGAAGGAGAUAGCAGAGGCAGAACGUCAGCGGCUAGCCAAUGAAGCGGCAGCCGAAGCUCAGCGAACGACUGAGACUGACGCAGCGACACGAGACAGACGGAAUGCCAGCAGCACGGAGUCCUUGAUUGCUUGUGAGCAUCAGUGGACGACGAUACUCCAACACAUGAUCUUUGUGCCUUCAGAAGUGCAGGCAGACCCGACACCGGCGGAGGCAGAGAGAAGUAACCUAGCUAACUUGCUGUUGGGCAUGAUGAGAGGUAUUAUGUGGAAUAAUACACUGCUGCAUUCACAUCUGCGCACAGACGCGACACAGCGACAAACAUACAAGAAUGAUAUCACUACGUUAACGACUGCUAUCCACACAGAGGCAAUGCAGCAGCAGCAACAACAUCAACUGUUGAAUUACACUAUCACACGCGUCAACAGCAUAGAGGCUAACGCCUCAGCAGCGCCAGGCUGCACGACAGACAUGACGAAGCAACUCAAUGAGCGCAUCGAUCACGUCGUCACCAUCAUCGGCGACAUAAGUACGUUCACUGGACCAGACUCGAUCAGCAGCACGGUGGCUGCCAUCACGACGGACCUCACCAAGCUACAGACGAGACCGGAAGCCGCUGCAAACACGUUCAAGAUGCCGCACUUCGACAUCAGCAAGUUCGACGAUUACAACAAGUCGGACGCCUUGUCAUGGUGGCAACGCUUCCUCACGGAAGCAUCAUGCCUCAUGGUCCCGGCGGACGAUAUGUUGAAGGCACCAUAUCUGCAGCUGAUUGGAGGAGCGCAGGGAUGGAUGAACCACCUAGCGGCUACACACAAGUGCACUAUCGCCGAACUCCACACGCACAUUACGUGGAAGGAGUUCGAGCAGCUAUGGUUCACCCGGUUCAUGGUCCGCAACGUCGUGAAGGCGGCCAUGAAUGAGGUGUACACAUGCUCUCAAGGGAACAUGCCAACUCGAGACUGGACAACGAAGUGGCAAAAGAUAGUGACCACAACAGGCUUCGACUUGACACCGGACCCGGAAUCAAGCUGGGGACCAGGCUUCAGGGCAGGCGACCGAAUGAUGAAGGUGGAGCUUGAACUCUGGCCCCAAUGUGCCCGCGACAACACUUUUGAUAUGGAGAGCUCCAGCGCUGUCCCUUGGGAUCGGUGAGCUCAUUAUCGACGGCACCCUACCGGGAGGAGGAUACGACCCCAAUCAUUAGUGCGGUCGGUUGGGACCCGGACUGAUUUUCUC